AGAGACGUGCACAGUGUUGCUAAUGAUGGAUGUUCACCGCAGAGAUCUAAUCACUAUGGAGGAGAAUGUAGUUGACAUGAAAGCCUUAGAUGAAGAGGAAUUUGCUGUCUCGAAGUCAUCAGAGUCAGAUGCAGUGUUCGAUACUGUAAUUGGAAACAUUGAGGACAUCAUAAUGGAGGAUGACUUCCAGAACCUUCAGCAAUCCUUUAUGGAAAAAUAUUACCUGGAGUUUGAGGACACUGAGGAGAAUAAACUUAUUUAUACACCUAUUUUUAAUGAAUAUGUCGACCUCUUAGAGAAGUAUUUGGAACAGCAACUGAUAAAGCGAAUUCCUGGAUUUAACAUGAAUGACUUUACUCACUCACUCAAGCAACACAAAGAUGAAGUGUCAGGAGAUAUCUUUGAUAUGCUGCUCACCUUUACAGACUUCAUGGCCUUUAAAGAGAUGUUCCUAGAUUACAGAGCAGAACGGGAAGGACGAGGGCCGGACUUAAGUGCUGGUCUGGUGGUGAAAUCAUUGAAGUCUUAACAGCGUUCACUUCCAAAACAGAGUCAGACUUUUCCUUACCAAGGCGGCUUUUGAUUUCUUCUAACUCUGACCUUACCCUUCUCAGCCGUGUACUGUAUUGUAGGUAUUUUCCAGAGUUUACGACAUGAGCUCAGUAAAGAGGACCAGGUUUGUUUUAGUUUAAUAUUUAAACUUGAAAUUAUGUAACAGG